AUGGACGGAUUCGACUACAUGCAAGACGUGGUUGGCCAGUUGCCCUUUUUGAAGACCUACAGCCACCUUCUUCUAGCCUUCCCGCUGUCGGACGAUGAUUCAUCGCGUAACAAAGCAAAAGAGCGUCUUCAGUCAGCAUCUGUCCAGCUCACAAAGACUUUCCCAUGGCUCGCUGCCAAAGUAGUCCAAAAGAGCAGCGCACCGGAAAGGCCGGGCUCUUUUCAUCUGGAACCAUGCGAGCUGUGGUCAUCACCGAACUCGAUUAUCCGUUUCAAGGAUUGCUCAAAUGACAUGCCUUCCUAUCAAGAACUCGUAGAAACCCGCGGACCGGCGUCGAUGCUCCCCGGCGACCUCCUGGCCCCCCGGAAAGCGUUUCCAGAAACCUACUAUGAAACAGAACGAGAUCCGGCUCCAGUAAUUGCGCUGCAAGCCAAUUUCGUAACUGGAGGUCUCCUUCUGGACUGUGCAGCACAACACAACUUCAUUGAUAUGAGCGGCAUCAACCAGUGCUACAACCUGCUCGCAACAGCGCUGCGGGGAGAGCCCUUCCCCAGCGAUGCAAUCGCGGAGGGAAAUAUGGACCGCCGGAACCUUGUGCCCUUGCUACAGGAAAACGAGACAGUGCUGGACCAUGGGCAAUUUCUCCGCCCAGGGUCUGACGACCUGCCCCCGCCGCCUAGGGAGCCCGAAUCUCCUUUCUUGUGGCGCUAUUUCCGCUUCUCACGCGCAACGCUCGCAGCGUUGAAGGCCAUGGCAACGCCACCUACAGCCGGAAGAGAGGCUUGUCCGUCUUCUCCCCCUUCAUACGUCUCGACCAACGACGCCCUCUCGGCCUUCUGCUGGCAACGCGUCACCGCAACGCGUCUGGCACGCCGCAAGACCCCUGAGGCCGUGGCCAAGUUCUGCCGCGCCGUCGACGCGCGCCGCGCCAUGGGCGUACCACAAGGUUACAUGGGGGACCUGGUGACCAUUGCUACCUCGACCAUGGGCUUCCGCGAGCUCGUCGAAGCGCCCCUAGCCGAGAUCUCCAACCGCUUCCGGCGCGAUUUGGAGGCGGUCAACAACCGCGACUACGUGCGUAGCUUUGCCACUUGGAUCGCGCGCACAGCUGAUAAGGCGACCAUCGCGUACGGUGGCAAGUUCAACCCCGACACGGACAUUGGGUCCUCCUCCUGGGCCCAUAUUCGGCUCGCCACGGUGGACUUCGGCCCGCUGGGACGACCGUCGCUUAUCCGACGACCCGAUUUUGUCCCCCUCAAGAGCGACAUCUACUUCAUGCCACAGACUGAGAGCGGAGACAUUGAUGCUCUCGUUUGUUUUAAUCGGGCCGACUUGGACGGACUCAUGAAGGAUGAGAUGUGGACUACUUACGCCGACUAUAUCGGUUGA